AUGUAUUUUAAAGACAUUAAUUUACAUGGAAGAUUAUAUCCAAAGGUUCAACCUGUGGACAGCAUCUCUCAUUAUGCUGCCCCAGAUCGAAUAACUGUUGAUAAUGCCAUGAAGCAAAUUUAUCAACCAUGUUCCAUUGGACAAAGCUUUGGUCCAAGCUGGUCCACUCAUUGGUUUCGAGUAGAGCUUAAAAUUCCGAAAUCAUGGGUUGAACAUGAAGUGUACUUUUUGUGGAAUUCUGGUUCUGAAGCUAUGAUCUGGUAUGAUGGCCAUCCUGUCCAGGGUUUGAGUUCACAGCAUGAGAGAUGUGAGUACCUGCUUUCUGAAAAAGCUUCUUUAAGACAUCUCAGUUUCACUUUGUAUGUAGAAAUGGCAUGCAAUGGCCUUUUUGGUGUUGGUCGUGAUGGUCUGAUUAAUCCACCUGACUCAAACCGUUCAUUUGUCUUGAGUAAAGCAGAAAUAGCCAUUCGAGAUCCUCUUGUCUUCCAACUUUUAAGAGACUUUGACAUUCUCAUAGGAAUGGCAAAACAUCUUCCAGAAAAUAGUGAAAGAUGUUUCCAGGCUCUGUACACAGCUAACAGCAUGGUAAACGAAUGCCUCGCUCAUACUAAUAUUGCUUAUCAAAGAGCAAGGGAAAUUGCUAAAAAUUUCUUUUCAAAGAAAAAUGGUUCCAUUACACAUGAAAUUCAUGCUAUGGGGCAUUGUCAUAUUGAUAGUGCAUGGUUGUGGCCUUAUGCAGAAACUAUUCGCAAAUGUGCCCGAAGUUGGUCUUCUACUCUUCGUCUGAUGGACAAAUUCCCUCACCUCACAUUUGUGUGUUCGCAGGCUCAGCAGUUUGAAUGGGUUAAGUCACAUUAUCCAUCAUUAUAUGAAAGAAUCAAGAAAUCCGUAAGAAAUGGCCAUUUUAUUCCUGUUGGAGGAUGUUGGGUUGAAAUGGACGGUAACAUCCCAAGUGGUGAAUCUUUGUUUAGGCAGUUUCUUUAUGGACAAUCUUUCUUUGAAAAAGAAUUUGGAAUAACUUGUUCUGAGUUUUGGCUUCCGGAUACUUUUGGUUAUUCUGCUCAACUGCCACAGAUCAUGAAACUUUGUGGUAUUGAUAAGUUUGUCACUCAGAAACUGAGCUGGAAUUUGGUCAACAAAUUUCCUCACCAUACAUUCUGGUGGGAAGGAAUUGACAAUAGUUGCAUUCUUACCCAUUUUCCUCCAGGAGACUCUUAUGAAAUGACUGGAUCAGUUGAAGAAGUAUUAAAAACUGUUAAUAAUUUCCAAGAGAAAGGCCGUUCAUCAAAGAGUAUGUUCUUGUUUGGACAUGGUGAUGGAGGAAAUGGACCAGAUGAAGCUAUGCUUGAAAGACUUGAUCGGAUGAAAAAUAUUGAUGGAUUACCAAAAGUGGUGAUGAGUACCCCAACAGAUUUCUUCCAAGCUGUUGAAUCUGAAGAUACAUCAAUGUUGUGUAAAUGGAAAGGCGAACUUUACUUGGAGCUACAUAAUGGAACCUAUACAACACAUGCAAAGGUAAAAAAAUAUAAUCGCACAUGUGAAUUUCUACUAUCCAAUGUAGAAAUAAUUUGUAGCAUUGCUUUUGCUCUGCAAAGAAAUCAGUCUGCUAAAUUCAAGUAUCCUGAAGAAGAGAUUCGCCGCCUCUGGAAGUUGCUGUUAUUAAAUCAGUUCCAUGAUGUCUUGCCUGGAACUUCUAUUAAUAUGGUUUAUAGAGAUGCUUACAAGCAUUAUUCAGAAAUUAGACAAUUGGCUGGAAAUCAGCUUCAAGAUGGAAUAACUUCUAUUGUUACCCAGCAGGAUGCCAAUGAAAAUUGUUGCAUUGUAUUUAAUACUCUAUCAUGGGACAGAAUUGAAGUGGUUCAGAUCCCAGAAGAUGGUCCUGGGGCUUCUGUUACCAAAAAAACAAAACUUUCUUCUGAAAUAUCUCAGAUUGAUUUCUGUGGAAAGCAAUUAGUACUGGUGUCAUCACCAUCUUGUGGUUACAGUGUUCUCAAGCCAUUGACUCUGGGUGAGAUUUCCUUUGCCACUAAGGAAGAUGACCUGAUUUACAUGAAGAAUGACUGUAUUCAAGUGACCUUAGACAGCUGUGGAAGAAUAGUUAGUCUGAAAUCAGUCAAAACAAACAUGGAGUGCAUUUCUCCAAACUGCCUUGGAAAUCAAUUUCUUCUUUUUGAUGAUGUUCCUCUUUAUUGGGAUGCUUGGGAUGUGAUGGAUUACCAUCUGGAGACGAGGAAGCCUUUAGAGACAUUCCUGCAGCAGGCCAUGAUUGUAGAUUCUGGACCCCUCCGUUCCACUGUGAAGGUGUCCUUGAAAAUCAGUGAAAGUAGUUACAUCAUUCAACAUAUUAUGUUAGAUGUUGGCUGCCCAUAUUUAAAGUUUAAAACUGAGGUUACUUGGUAUGAAUGCCACAAAUUUCUCAAAGUAGAAUUUCCCUUCAAUUUGACAACAACAAAAGCUGCAUAUGAUAUUCAGUAUGGAUGGCUUGAAAGGCCAACUCACUCAAAUACAUCCUGGGAUUGGGCACGUUUUGAGGUCUGUGGUCAUAAAUGGGCUGAUCUCUCCCAAUAUGGCCUUGGUGUGGCUGUUCUUAAUGACAGCAAGUAUGGCUACUCUGCAUUUGAAAAUGUUCUCCGUCUUUCUUUGUUGCGCUCAUCCAAAUCUCCUGACCCCAAAGCUGAUAUGGGCACUCAGCAUUUUACCUAUGCAGUAAUGCCCCAUUCAGGGUGUUUCCAAAAGAGUGGAUUAAUUCAACAGGCUUACAAUUUAAAUUCACCUUUGAUUGUAAAGCAACUUAAAGUCACAGUUUCUCAGAAUGAAUGCAGUUUCUUUAAACUGAACACACCUCAAGUUGUUUUAUCUGCUGUUAAAAAGAGUGAAAAAUGUGACAAAGCAUUGGUGCUUCGGCUUUAUGAAUCUUUUGGAGGACAUGUUUCUGCUCAGAUUUCUGUUGAUAAAUUUCUUAUUGAGAAGGCUGUUGUCUGCAAUGGCUUGGAGUGCAUUGAAGAAUUUGAAGAAAAGAAAUGUGUCCGCCUUGUGAAUGACCAUUCCAUUGAAGCUGACUUCCGUCCUUUCCAGAUCAUCAGUGUUCUUGUUUAUUUGGCCUGA